GAUCGUGUGGCGCGUGCGGACACACGGUGCGGACACACGGCGCUCACAUUGCGCCUUGCCCUGCUCCAUACCCCGCUCUAUGUCCCGCACCCCCCGGCCCCGCUCUGUGGUACGGCCCGGCCCGACCCGCCGCACUGCGCGUGCGCGACGCUGCGUGAGGCGGCGGCGCCCGGAAGUGACGCGUGAGGCCGCCGGGCACCGCUGUGCCACAGGAGAGACGGCACGGGAACACGGCGGGACUGCAGAUGGACCAGUCGUCUCCAAGCUACAUGCUUGCCAACCUAACCCACUUGCAUUCUGAACAGCUUCUGCAAGGCCUGAACCUCCUUCGCCAGCAUCACGAGCUGUGUGACAUUAUCCUUCGAGUUGGCGAUGUCAAGAUCCAUGCCCACAAAGUGGUGCUCGCCAGCAUCAGUCCGUACUUCAAAGCCAUGUUCACCGGGAACCUUUCUGAGAAGGAAAAUUCAGAGGUAGAGUUUCAGUGCGUUGACGAAGCGGCCCUGCAGGCCAUUGUGGAGUAUGCCUACACAGGAACCGUGUUCAUCUCACAGGACACCGUGGAGUCGCUUCUUCCAGCUGCAAACCUUCUCCAAAUCAAGCUGGUGGUGAAGGAGUGCUGCGCCUUCCUGGAGAGCCAGCUUGACCCUGGCAACUGCAUUGGGAUAUCUCGAUUUGCAGAGACCUAUGGCUGCCACGACCUGUACCUGGCUGCUAACAAGUACAUCUGUCAGAACUUCGAAGAUGUUUGUCAGACUGAAGAAUUCUUUGAGCUUACGCAUUCUGAAUUGGACGAAAUAGUUUCCAAUGACUGCUUGAAUGUCGUGACAGAAGAAACAGUUUUUUAUGCACUGGAGUCCUGGAUCAAAUAUGAUGUUCAGGAGCGACAGAAGUACUUAGCACAGCUGCUGCACUGCGUCCGACUGCCGCUGCUGAGUGUGAAGUUCCUCACAAGGCUGUAUGAAGCAAACCAUCUCAUCCGUGAUGACCAUACCUGUAAACACCUUCUAAACGAAGCUCUAAAAUAUCACUUCAUGCCUGAACACAGACUUUCCCACCAGACCAUGCUGAUGACGCGCCCUCGCUGUGCUCCUAAAGUUCUGUGUGCUGUAGGAGGAAAAGCUGGGCUGUUUGCGUGUUUAGAAAGUGUUGAAAUGUAUUUUCCCCAGAACGAUUCCUGGAUAGGCCUGGCACCUCUUAGCAUUCCCCGCUAUGAAUUUGGAAUAUGUGUCCUAGACCAGAAAAUCUAUGUUGUAGGAGGGAUUGCAACCCAUGUGUGUCAAGGCAUCAGCUACAGGAAGCACGAGAACUCGGUGGAGUGCUGGGACCCUGACACGAACACCUGGACGUCUCUGGAGAGGAUGUUUGAGAGCCGCAGCACGCUGGGAGUGGUGGUGCUGGCAGGAGAGCUCUAUGCCCUCGGGGGCUACGAUGGGCAGUCGUACUUACGGACUGUAGAGAAAUACAUUCCUAAAGUUAAGGAGUGGCAGCUAGUGGCCCCUAUGAACAAAACGAGAAGUUGUUUUGCUGCAGCUGUUUUAGAUGGAAUGAUAUAUGCCAUUGGUGGUUAUGGUCCUGCCCAUAUGAACAGCAUGGAACGCUACGAUCCAAGUAAAAACUCUUGGGAGACGGUAGCUUCGAUGGCUGAUAAACGAAUAAACUUUGGUGUUGGUGUCAUGCUGGGCUUCAUUUUCGUGGUAGGUGGGCACAAUGGUGUGUCCCACUUAUCAAGCAUUGAGAGGUACGACCCCCACCAGAACCAGUGGACUGUGUGCCGACCCAUGAAGGAGCCCAGAACAGGAGUGGGUGCAGCUGUAAUUGAUAACUACCUUUAUGUAGUUGGCGGUCAUUCAGGGUCAUCCUACCUGAACACUGUACAGAAGUAUGACCCCAUCUCAGAUACCUGGCUGGACUCUGCUGGUAUGAUGUACUGCCGCUGCAAUUUUGGUUUGACUGCACUUUGAUGACGAGCAGGACUUCAUGGACCUGUUGCGAAGAUGGAACUUGAUCUGGUUGAAGAUAAACCUGCCACUGGAGACCAUGUGCUGCAUUUUCUGGAGCUGGAAAGUUGCAGGAAUGUGGUGGAGUUGUGGUUGAAGUGAGGAAGGAAUUGUUUCCUCUUGGCUGCUGGCCUUAUUACUUCAGUGCCACGGGCAGCAGGAGUGGGAAGCUCACCAGCAGCUGGGCUUGGGUAGCAUCUGUUACAGGCAGGGAACUUUAACGAGUACUGUACAUGCCUAGGACGUGGUUAGGACACUCACUGUCUGUCUGACCCUUUCACUUUCUAGAGCUUUUCUCUCCCUCCUGCCUACUAAGAAACAUGAAGUUUACUGUGCUUGGGGUGAGAGCCGUAUGUGUGUGCUGUGUGCUUGGGUUCUGCUGAUGACUGCCUGGUUGUGUCUUCAUAUUAAGAAAAUGCCAGUGCUUCAUAAUUUUUUUAUGAACAGUAACUAAAGGGCUGCCUUGUUUCUGUAUCUCAAGGUCUGUAAAUAAUAAAUGCCAUAGUCUGCUGCCUGUAUGCUCUCCUUUGUGACCUGCCUGCUGGUAGGAGGGCUGGGACAAGUAGGAACUGCUUGAAGAAAUUUGCAAGGCACGUUUAUUGCCUCGUAACAAAAAGCUGUGAUCUGAUGAAGUCCCGUUCUGUCCCGUGUAUUUCUCUGUCAUGGACAGAUGGGUACCAGAGGUGGGGGACUCAGCCUUGCUGCUCUGCUGUGUGGUUUCAGUUGUGAUGCAGAGAGAAAUGACAGCAGUAACACACUGGAAAAUGUCACAGCAGCACUUGUAGCAUGACAUAAAAUAAAUACUCAGAACACAAUCAGUCCCACACUUCCCCAAAGCACACGUGUGUCUGUAUUCCCUACUAAUUCCCUUUCUAAAGGAAUGUAUGGUCCCUUUCUCCUAGUGCAGGGAUGUGAGCGGUGCUGGCUGUGUGCCUGCUGCUGUGUCUGUCCGUGCUGUCAGUGUGCUGUGCAGGGAGCACGGUGCCUGUGCUUGUGCUGCUGGGUUUCCUUCUGACUCACUUGAGACAUUUGUGCCUAUGGAAACUGUCCGGAGUAACACAAUGUAGUGAAUGAGCUCUGUGUGUUACCUUUGCUUUUUUUUUUUCCAGCAGAUCUGUUUCUUGUUCUCACAAAUACAUAAUACGUACAUGUGGAGCAGUAAGAUCGGGUUCUUGCCCUGAACAGCCCCGGGUUGUGGUGCUGGUGAGCGCAGUGCUGGGCUCAGUGCUGCUGUAGCACCAGGUGACAACUGUGUGAUGGCCCCAAGCCUGGUGGCAGUGCAGGCAGGUAAAGGGAAGCUGAUGCUGUGGUUAGUAACAGUUAUUUCCAAAUAGAUGGGUGAGUGCAUAGCAUUUCCAGCUAAUUCAGCACCGUUGGGUUUGUCUCCGGCUUUGAACUGGGGAUUGUGGUUAUCCUGAAUUUCUGUUUCGAUUGUGUUGCCAGACCUUAGGUACUUAGGAGCUGUUCUGCCUCGGGUUAAUUUCUGUUCUAACGUGUUCAGUUCCCAUUUGUGUCCCCUGGUUUUCCAGGCCCACGUAGUAUUGGUUUUGAAGGUGCAAUAAUAUUUAAAACAGUUGCUUUAAAAGCCAUUUCUUUAUAGGUGUGCAUAGCAGGCGUUCUCCGAGUACACUUAAUUUAUUGUUUAUUUUCUCCUUGCAGAGCUAAUUGCAGCUGGGCAAGCACUGGUGGUCUUGGUUCUUCCAUAAGCUCAGAUCUGAGCAGCCGAGGGAGCACAGGAGCUUUCACCUCACAGCACAGCUCACCCAGCUCAAUGCUUGCACAAAUCUUGCACGGGCUCUUCAGGUUUGGCAGAAUUAAGCAGGACUUUACAAGCAAAUAAUUCACAGAGUUUUCAGGGCAGUUUAUGUGACCCACUGAGGGUUUGUGGUUACGCAGCAGUAAUGGUGUAACUGGACAGGAGUAGCUGCUCUGAGUGGGAGUGCAGAGGACGGGCAGCUGGGGCACUGGGGAGAAGUGAUGGUGCUUCAGUCCUCACAGAUCACCGUCGUGUCCUGGUGGGUGCACAAGGGGGAGUGCUUUGUGUGCUCUUGUCCUUCACAGCAUCACAGAAGCCCUUGGGUGUGAUAUUUUCUGAUAUCUGUCAAGACAUGAAGUUGUGGAACCAUCUAAUGUUAAGGAGGAAAGUGUUCUUACUUAAAGUCAGCUGUGUGCCUCUAAGCAUAGGGGUGUUCCGUGCAGGUCAGUGUGUGCUGUACUGCAGAACCAUCCCAGGAAUGAAGAUGCUUGAAACACGCUCAGGAAGUGUCAGGAAAUGCAGUUUGUGGCAGUAGAAGGUGCUGUGAGGGACAGGAAUCGCUUUGAUGUCAUCAGAACAAAAAGUGAUACUGUUGGUUAUUCAGUGCAGACUUCUUUCACUAAUGGAAGGCAGAACAGAUGAAGUCUUAAGAUGUUGUAUUAUGUUUACCUGAGCGGUAGCAAUACUAAGUUAUGUGAUAGAGACUGACCCUGAAUCGUGUCAUGUAGUAUUGCUUGACUUGAAGGUAGCAGCAUAAACAAUGCUCCUUGUUUGCAGCCUCAGGAAUGGGGAGAACACAUGAUGGAACGUGCUGCUGUUGUUGGAUGAACUGUUGGGCUGGUUGGGUAGACACGGGCACAGCAAGGCCUCAGCUUUAGGCAUCAGCUUUAGGCCUCAGCUCGUGUCCCGCUGCCCUUACUCUGCUCAGACACUCGCUGUCCUGUGCCUCAAAGUGGAUAUGGGACAGUCGGGCACAGCAGCUUGUUCACAGCUGCAGCUCAGGUGCAGUGCUCCCGCCGUCAGGUCUGUCUUGCAGCUGGAAAUCUAAGGACCUUCAACCAAGAUGUCACACAGCUACAAAUUAUCAUCCAGUUCUAUUUGUAAUCACUCCAAACGAUCCGUAAAGCACUUCAAAAUGGGCCCUAGUUUGUGUGUACAUAGCUCCCACAGUUCUGUUUUCACUCAGAUAUCCAUCCAUAAGCUUCAUACCUGCCUCUCCUACCAGGAAUGCCCUUCUUUCAGGAGGUUUCCUUGGGGCUGCGGGGGCCACGUGUGCCCCACGAGCAUCGCUCUGUUCCCCAUCACUGGGUGACAGCACAUUACCAUGGUGAAGCUGCCAUCAGUAAGUCCCCAUCCAUCAUCUAAAACAACACGAAAUGUCCCAGCUUGCCUUAAAUUCCUGAUAUUUAACUGAAAAGCAAAGAACUGGGUGAUAAUUGCUGUUGUUCUGCCUUAUGCGCUGUGCUGUAUUUCAAACCCAAGAAUGAUGAUUUUUAGCAGGAUUGAAUAACUGUACAGAGAACACGGGAGCGCAGUGGUGAGGAGCGAGCAGUGCUGUCGUAGCUCUGUGUCCGUAGGUGUUCUCACGUGCUCUCGUCUUUAGCAGCAGUUUCCUGGUCCUGUUCUUGUUUACAACGUGCUCUUUGAGUCCAGCAGGAAAUGAACUGUGACUUGCAUCCUCCUUCCUUGCCCGUGUUCUCGACGCGUUGGCCCUUGUGGUAAUGCUCUGUAAUGAUUGUUGUAGCUCUUUCAUUGAGUGUGAAGCAAUUUAGUAAAUAAACCUGGAGAAAAGCUUGCUUUCA